GCGGGUUCCGGGGCGGAGGAGCGGGCGGCUGCCCUUCCCCACCGGCGGCUAACUCUGCCCACGCCACGGCCGGGACCGGCUCGGCGCCCAGCGGAACGGCCAGAAUCCUUCAAACGAGUGUUCCACUCACCCCACAUCACUAAACAAAGUGAAAAAAAUAUGAUCUUCUAGAGACAGCUGCGUUGGGGUUGUCAUGGCGAUUGAAUCUUCUCUCCCCGACUCUGCAAUAACCCUGACACUGUUGCUAAAGUUGGGCAAAAUUCCCUCCUGAAUCGGUCCAGCCACGUAGCAGCCAAGACAGCGAAACCUGGGCAUUCCCCCCAGGAGAAGCAGACUCUGGGGAGGCUGGGGGGUGGGAGAGAAGCCCGAGGAGCCAAGGGACCCCCCAGGCUCUCGGCAAGCUUCCCCCAGGGAUGAGUACGGGGAGGGUCAACCAUUACAGCAUCGUGUCCUCCGAGGAAGACGGGUUGAGGUUGACCACCAUGCCAGGAGCCAAUGGCUUUGGCAAUGGCAAGAUCCACACCCGGCGAAAGUGCCGCAACCGCUUCGUCAAGAAGAAUGGCCAGUGCAACGUUGAGUUUGCCAACAUGGACGACAAGCCCCAGAGAUACAUCGCGGACAUGUUCACGACCUGCGUCGACAUCCGUUGGAGGUACAUGUUGUUGAUUUUCUCUCUUGCCUUUCUGGUGUCCUGGUUGCUCUUUGGGCUGAUUUUCUGGAUCAUCGCCAUCAUGCACGGAGAUAUGGAGAGGCCCGCAGGGGACGGCACCCAGCCCUGCGUCCUCAACGUGACUGGCUUCAUGGCGGCGUUCCUGUUCUCCAUCGAGACGCAGACCACCAUCGGCUACGGCCUGCGCUGCGUGACCGAGGAGUGUCCCAUCGCCGUGUUCAUGGUGGUGGUUCAGUCCAUCGUGGGCUGCAUCAUAGACUCUUUCAUGAUCGGCGCCAUCAUGGCAAAGAUGGCCAGACCCAAGAAACGGGCCCAGACCUUGCUCUUCAGCCACAACGCGGUGGUGGCCAUGAGGGACGGGAAACUCUGCCUGAUGUGGAGGGUGGGGAACCUGAGGAAAAGUCAUAUAGUGGAGGCUCACGUGAGAGCCCAGUUAAUCAAGCCGAGGAUCACAGAGGAAGGGGAGUACAUCCCCCUCGACCAAAUCGACAUCGACGUGGGGUUUGACAAAGGCUUGGACCGCAUCUUCUUGGUGUCCCCCAUCACGAUCCUCCACGAGAUCGACGAGGAGAGCCCGCUUUUUGGGAUUAGCCGGCAGGACCUGGAGACAGAUGACUUUGAGAUCGUGGUGAUCCUGGAAGGGAUGGUGGAGGCGACCGCCAUGACCACGCAGGCCAGGAGCUCCUACCUGGCUAACGAGAUCCUGUGGGGCCACCGCUUUGAGCCGGUCUUGUUCGAGGAGAAGAACCAAUACAAGGUGGACUACUCCCACUUCCACAAAACCUACGAGGUCCCAUCCACUCCCCGCUGCAGCGCCAAGGAUCUGGUGGAGAACAAAUUCUUGCUUCCGAGCACCAACUCCUUCUGCUACGAGAACGAGCUGGCCUUCAUGAGCCGCGACGAAGAGGAGGAGGAGGAGGAGGAAGAGGAGGACGAUAGCCGGGGCCUGGAUGACCUGAGCCCCGACAACAGACAUGACUUUGAUAGACUUCAGGCCACGAUAGCCCUGGACCAGAGGUCGUACAGAAGGGAGUCGGAAAUCUGACCUCCGAUCGCCUGACCCUCAGGGGUGGGAUAGGGACCCGUGUUAUCUUUUCUCCUACAGUCUGCCCAGGUUUACGCAGAACAGUGCAAGUGCCAUAGGAACGGUGGAAAAUCUAGUAGCGUUUAGUCGUUUUACGUUUCAUCGCAAUAACCGGGGACGGGUCCGUCGGAGAGGCCGGGGGGCAGGCAGCCGGGCAGCAGAAGGGACGGGUGGCUCUUCCCCGACAGACCGUGGGUGGAGUCGGAAGGACAAUGCGCCGGAGGGGGGGCACAGAGAGCUGGUUUUGCCCCCGGGGCUUACCCUCCCCGCCCCGUGAAGCGAGGCAGGCGAUGGUUUCUCAGAGCUGAAGGUCACAGGCUCCAGAAGGGUCCCAAAACGGUGGAAACGGACCAGGUUGGAAUGGACUUCAAACCAACUUGAGCCUAGCCAGGAGCUGCAGUGCUGUUGCCCACGGCCAGCAACAGAGGAGACGCUCAGCCACUCGCUGGUUUUUAACGUAGGGGAGGUAUCGAGUUUUUAAUUUUUCAACUUAGUGCUGUUGAGACUGUUUACAAAAGAAAUUUUUUAAUGUGAUUCGACUUUUUUUUUUGGGAAAAAAAAAAAAAGUUAACAACAAGCCCAGAGGGAAUGAAGCAGCCAGAAGAGAGGCCCCGAGAGAAUGGGAAGUCCACGGAAGCCAGAACUGCUCUCUUUUCCCUGGUGAGGCUUUAUCACGGGGAAGGGGACUCCGGUUUCUGUCCCUGGGGUCAACAACAGCAAGCACAAUCCUGGCAACAUAGCUCAUGUUAUCCACAAGAAACAGUAGACUGUUUGUGAUAGAAAAACAAAUAAUAUAAUUAUUAAUAAUAAUAAUAAUUAAAGGUUUUAAAAUAUAUUUUUGGGGGAGAUGGGGAAAGAAUGUCAACUGGUUUUACCGCUUAAGCACUGACUUUUUCCUUUUGCACCUUCAAGAUCCAUUUCAAUGGGGCCAGUCGAGAGUUUUUUAGAACCCAAACCCAUCAGUUUCCAGUUUGGAAGAUGUUCACCUCAUUUUCCCAAACCUUGGGAAAGGAAUUAAUUCUUUACUUCUUUCAUCCAGUGAUCCAGUUGUCCACAGCUUGAGAAAUCCAUGGAGAUUUUUGUUUUCAAGAAUUAAAAUUCAAAACCCAGUUGCCGCUCCACCAGAGCGGCUCCUUCCUCCUGAACAAGGAGGCUGGACGUAAUCGAAUCGCCCCCUCAUAAAGACGCCCAAACGGAUGCACUUGUCAAGUGCUCCAGAUCACAUGCAAAAGGAAGAAACAGAACAUACCAAAAGCCCCGCUUUACAAUUCAAAUCUCCUUCCCUCUCCAAAGUGGGCUGUGCCUUAGAGAUACAGAAUUGUCCAGCUGAGUAGUUUUUCUACCUUACUAUGAUCCAUCAUUUUGAAUGUUGCUUGUAGCACCUCCUUCCCUGAACGUCUGUUUUUUGUUGUCGGUUGCUGUUUUUUCCAUCGCUGAAGUACCUGUCACCCUGGGCUGCUGCUGCCUCGGCGCAGAAACCACAGAACAGAUCGAUCACCUCCGAUCGCCCCCUCCACCUGGGGUUUAAGGAGGGAGGGGGCCCAGAUGCAUUGGUAGGCUACAGGCGUUCCAACCCCUUCUGGGACGUUGGCUAUUCCAAUAGAGAACACGUUCCCGCUAGGGGAGGGAUCUCUGCUGCUUUCUGCCCUUUUCCCGGAGAGCUCGCCAAGUGCGACCGAAUAAUUGAGAGUAAAGGGCCUCUUUUUAAGGCCCUUUCCCCCUUGCUCAUAAUCGGCCAGCCCUGUCGAGGAAAAGAGCAGUCUGGGAAUUGGUGUCCUUGUUUAUUCACCAGGACUUUCCCAGUCCCUUUCUCUGCAAGGAAUGAGUCAGCUGGGUGGCAUAGACAUCUUGGGACUGGUUGUCACGGGACAGGGGCUUUAGAUGACCACCCAAAGCAGGCGGUCUAAGGCCUGACAGGCUCACGAUCCAGAAAGGACAUAACAGAAAAUAUGCCAAAGUCUAGAUAACCCCAUUUCGGGGAGAUUUUUCUCCACAUCUUCCUAGUAUGACCCUCAGAGGCCUUUGGCCAUGAAGUCAGUUCGCAAAAAACUCUACCUUUAACCCUCCCAAACUCCAUCCCUGCUCUUCAAGUGUCUAACGUAUUCCAAUCCCUCUUCUGUCCAUAUCGCCCAACUUGCAGUGGAAGGGUGGGAAGGGAUAGAGAGAACAGAUCUGGGGACUGGUGUUUGCUUUUUAGUUGCGUGAUGUGGAGAAAAUGAUUUCCUUGGAUGGUUUUCUCGCCGCACCUUGUCUCCUCAAAUCCCCACCCCCUCUACUAGCCUCCUCUUCUGAAAAACAUCUCAUCCUGGCCACAGAUUUUUGUGUUACCAAGACGAGAAGAGAUCCCCACAUUUCUCAUCCAUUUUAUUCCUUGAAAUCUGUCGGGGGAAACCACAUACUCUCCAGGAUCACUAAUUUCCCUUGGCUCAAGGAGCCUCCCGGUACCCUUUUUUUCAGCAAUAGUAGAAGGUCGGGGGGAUGAUAUUCUUGGGGUGGGGGCCUGGGUUAGAAUCCUUCUAUUUAUUAAAUGCUUUUAAGUCCCUUCCAAGGUGCAAAAUUGCUGCUGUAGUAUUCUCAGAGAGUUCAUAAUUUCUUAAUAUAUAUCACGGUAAAUAUUUGUUUAAAAAAAGAAAAAAGGAAAAAGAGAAGACACCUUUAAGUAAAUUAUUGCUUUUACAAAUUAUGAUUGUACAGUCCGAGUUGGGAAAAUAGAAUAAUAUAUAUAUAUAUAUAUCUGAAUUUUUUAAUCGUGAGGUGGAUGUGUACUCCCUUGUGAAAAGUUCAGACCCACUGGCUCAAGUGGAUGGUAGCUUUUCCCUGCCGUGAGGGCACAUUCCCUUUCUCUCCCUUGCUAGAGAAGACCUUGCCGUGGAGAGUAAUGUUAUAUAUAAUGUAUAUUCUAGACCUAGAACACGCUGUUCUAUAAUGUAAAAUGUAUAAAUCCGAUGAUGAUGAUGAUGGUGAUUUUGCCUACCUGUGAAGUGCUCUAGGUGAUCAUUUUUCUCACUAUCAGGGAGCAACUUUUCAGACUUCCCUACAGUUUCCUCUUACUAGGAUGUGGUAAACAGUGGCCUUAGAGCUUUUGGGUGAGUCUGGGAAAGAAACUAAAAAAGGCCCCCCAAGAAGUUGGCUGUAGUAGGGGUAGAGGGAUGGAUAUUUCCAGGAUCUUUCCGGUCUAGUGACCCCUGAAUUAUUCAGCGCUCAAGCGGGGUUGUUUUGGACGGAUCGUUCACACACCCAAGUGCGCGCAAGGGAAGGGUAGGAUUGAUCUGCUUCGGAGGGUAUUUGGAUAUUUCCCCGUUGGCGGGCAGUGCCGUCUACACUUUAGGAAGAGGUAAGGUGAUCCUGAGAAGUUUCUUUCAAAAAACUUAGCCCUAGGGGGUACCAAGGCCAACUCUUCUGGAAAAGGGGUCUUACCUCUUUUCAGGUGUAGUUAGUCAUCGCCUCUUGCCUGGAAUGCCUGGAAUCGCCUCUUACAUUGUGAAGGGACCUAACCGAGCCCCAGGAUGUCACCAGAGUAAGAGUCCUAGAACCCCAGUGACAUACAUAGGGUGGAGCUUCCAAGACAAAGCCUUGCCUGCGGUAAAGGGGGAACCCCACGACUCAAUCUGGGCUCAAUUUAGCCUAAAUUCCAGAUCCCCGUUGGGGGUCUAGGCUUCCGAUGGUUGAACAGCACAGUCUUUCCGUUGGCCACGGAGGUCCGUCUUAUUGAAUGACUUUUUCCAUUAGCCAAGAGUGCCCCUUUUUCCUUUCCUCCAUCCACCCCCACCUCCAAGAUCAGGUGGAGGACUGUGAGAUCUCGUUACUAUCAACCAGUCGAUCAAUCAGCGGCAUUUAUUGAGCGCUUACCGUGUGCCGCGCACUGCGCUAAGCGCUUGUGAGAGCGCAGUGCCCACAAGGAGCUCACGUUCUAGCAGGGGAGCCAGGCAUUGAUCUAAAUAAAUAAUUAGAUUACGGCUUCGUACUUCAGUUCGGUGGGGCUGACGGUGGGGUGUGAAUAUCAAGCCAGCUCUAUAACGGAGAGGCAAGUUGUAAAAGAGCUAGAAAAGACUAAGACCACGAUAAUGUCCAAACGCAAAGCACUCAGUGAACCCAGCUAGCGCAGGGUAGUCUGAUUUCAAUCCCACCUAGCUCAGAGGCAUGCAGUGAACCGUUCUAUACCAAUUAGUGCCACUGCUUCCGAAGACGUUGCUACUCACAUGCCUCAUUUUUAGUCAACAAGCCAUGUUCGGAUUUCCACUGAGCCACCACACAAGGGCACUUUUCAGAUGCCCAUGAGGGGAAUCUAAUGACCUGGCUAGACCUGGAAUCUCUGUCACUGUAAAGCAGUCAGAUUUCCUUCCCAUUUGGGGCCGGGAUCCUGAGAUCUAUUGAUAUCCGGGGCGUGGGAAGCAAAAGACUUGGUCAGAGAAGCGGCUUGGCCUAGUGGAAAGAGCACAGGCCUGGGAGUCAGAGGA